GCUCCUGCGUCGGCUAACACGCCGCUCCGCCGCCGAGCCGUCCCCUUGGCCGAGGCGAGCGAGUCACCGUUUGCAUCCACAGCUGCCUGGCAGGGCGAAGGAGAGACAAAGUAAACGCCGACGAGCCCCCCAGCCGCUGCUCCUGCCUGGUUUUAUUUUAUUUUAUCUUAUCUUCUGUAAUUAUUCCGGGAAAAAACAAAUAACAAAAAACCACAUCGCCCUGUUUUUAGCAAUUCGUGCCGCGUGUGCAGUUGUUUCCAGCACUCCUGAUAAACAAAGGAAAAGGGGGAGGGGGCCCGCGUUUCGCAGAAGACAUGCGUUCCGUCAGGAAGAGGUGGACUGUGUGCACCAUAAGUCUCCUCCUCAUCUUCUAUAAGACGAAGGAAAUAACGCGGACCGAAGAGCGCCAGGAGAUACCUCUGGCCGGAGAUGGUGAGCAGAGUUUGAGUAGAUCAAUGAUCAAUAGCUCUGAUAAGAUAAUUCGAAAGGCUGGCUCCUCAAUCUUCCAACAUGCUGCAGAAGGUUGGAAAAUCAAUUCUUCUUUGGUGAUGGAAAUAAGGAAGAAUAUUCUUCAGUUCUUGGAUGCAGAAAGAGAUGUCUCGGUGGUCAAAAGCAGCUUCAAGCCAGGAGAUGUAAUUCAUUACGUACUGGACAGACGUCGCACUCUAAACAUUUCCCAGGAUUUGCACAGCCUUCUCCCUGAAGUUUCCCCGAUGAAAAAUCGCCGAUUUGAAACCUGUGCAGUUGUUGGGAAUUCUGGCAUCCUUCUGAAGAGUGGUUGUGGAAAAGAGAUUGAUAGCCAUGAUUUCGUAAUAAGGUGCAAUCUAGCUCCUGUGGUGGAGUUUGCUGCCGAUGUGGGAACUAAAUCUGAUUUUAUUACCAUGAACCCAUCAGUUGUACAAAGAGCAUUUGGAGGCUUUCGGAAUGAGAGUGACAGAGAAAAAUUUGUGCAUAGACUAUCCAUGCUGAAUGACAGUGUCCUUUGGAUCCCAGCUUUCAUGGUCAAAGGUGGAGAGAAGCAUGUGGAGUGGGUUAAUGCAUUAAUCCUUAAGAAUAAAUUGAAAGUGCGAACCGCCUAUCCAUCACUGAGACUUAUUCAUGCUGUCAGAGGCUAUUGGCUGACAAACAAGGUCCACAUCAAACGACCCAGCACUGGUCUCCUCAUGUAUACGCUUGCUACCAGAUUUUGUGACGAAAUUCACCUGUAUGGAUUUUGGCCAUUCCCAAAGGAUUUACACGGAAAACCAGUCAAGUAUCACUAUUAUGAUAAUCUGAAGUAUCGGUACUUUUCUAAUGCUAGUCCUCAUAGAAUGCCAUUAGAGUUUAAAACAUUGUAUGUGUUACACAAUAGAGGAGCACUUAAAUUAACAACAGGGAAAUGCAUACAGCAAUAAAGCACAUGUUAAGUACAACAAAUACAGAAUACACACCUCAUUAUAAAGAUGUUGUGGAAUAGCAAUGGGACCACAGUGGGGAUUUUUUUCAUUACCCACUAACUCAUUGGAAAAAUGUCUCAUAUCAGAAGUACAUAACCAGCUAUUAUACCUGUGAAGUGCUAUAUAACUAAGCUAUCUUGACUGCAAGGGUUCAAGUAAGUGCCACUUUCACUAAGAACAAAGCUUGAAUGUAUGCUCGGUAGUGUUUACAGGAUGCAGUGACACAUUCAUCACGAAUUGAAGAAGAAAAAGAGCCUGCCAAUUUGCAACUGUGAUCAGACAGCCCACACAAUACCCAGUGGAUGGAAUAUUUACUUGAGUAAAUAAAUCAGACUUUGGCAGAAAAUAUCAUGAUGGAUUUGAGUAGAGAAAGUGAAGUCUGUAAGAUCAAACUAAUCAGUAACCUCAGCUUUUGUUGCUGUUUUUCUUAUUGCCAUUGAUUGGGUUUUGUUGCUUUUAAGUUUUGGAGCUCUUUCAAGAUUUCAAGGAUGUUAUGAGUAAUUUUUCAUCUUACGGAAUUGUCCUAAGGAAGAAGAUUUGUAAGCAUGGGAGGGUGGAGGGGAACAUCAAAUAUUUUAUCAAGUGUUGUUGUGUUGAAUCCUGCUAUCACACAAUCCUUAACAUCCCAAUUGUUUUUCUAGAUACUGUUGUCAGUACCCAUUACAUGAAACAACAUUUUGGUCUGACUUAAAGAGAAGUUUUUCACUCCUGUACGGAUUUGAAGAUACUGCAUAGGGUGCCCUUGUUUUCACUGCCAAAGAUUACUUUUCUACACAUUUUUUCCUUAUCUUGGAGAAAUAGUGUGGAUUUAUGUUUCUUUGCUGCUUAAGGGAAAAUAUUCUUUUUUGUUUAUAUUUUUAAGUAUCUAAAAUCAAAGCCUCUUUACUACCUUUGCUUAUAGAAUUCUUCAGAAAAAUCUGCAGGAUUCAAGAAAUUACUUUGUGCAUUCAAAUAUAUAUGUGCGUGUAUAUAUAUAUAUAUACGGUUUUAUUCAUGGUGGAAAGGAAAAGUCUAAAAAAACUCAGGUGACAGUGGAACUAAAGGAAAAAAAAUACCUAGCCAAUUAUUGGAAAAAAAAUUCAGAUUAUACAGUUCUUUUAAACUUCUAAUGCUGUUAAAUAAUCUGUUUAUUUAAUAUACCUGUUUUGUAUCAUCGAGGUGUUCUGAUGGGUAACUGACUGCAAAAACACAGAGCUGCAUUAUCUCACAGUUGUUUUUUUGAUCAUCAGUCUUCUUUAUCCAAAACACCAAGAGUUAUUUCAUUUCCUUCUUUCCAAAAAAAGAGAACAAGCUAUUACAGGAGCAUAGGAGAGGGUGGAGUGUAAGUACAGCAUACAUUAAGAAACAAAACUUGUCAUCCUGUGAUAUAUUUUAGUGCUAAAGGAGCACAUAAAUGGAUAAACAUCAUGGUUUCACAUCUUUCCUGUUAUGCUUGGAUAAGGAGGAGGCAUGCAGGUAUAAUAUAUGGGUAUUUUCUUGUUAUGUUUUCAGAACUACAUUAGGUCCUGGUCUCCAAGUAUGAUAUGCAGUGUAUCCGCUGAAUUUUGAAUAGUUUGAGCAAUUUCAUAUGUAUCACCGCUCUCAAAAACAUUUACUACCUGAAAAUGCUCUUUAUUACCCAUUUUCUCCUCUUAAGUUCAUGUAUUUCGUCAUUCAUGAUUGGAGAUCUGCGACUAUGCAAAUUUGGUAGCUAAAUCAUUACCUUGCAGCCAAAUGUUACAGGAAGUAGAAAGUCAGUUCUAUGUAAGACACAGUAACAUCUUUCCUUACUCACCAGAUUCUCCUACCUAGAACAGUUUACUGUGGCCACGUGCUGAUGUGCAAUGAGUGGUCCUAACACGAAACUGACUGAAACCAAGGCAUCGCAAGGAACUGAACAGCCGUGCAGAAUUUGUUGUUGAUAAACCAGAGGGUGCUAUUUGUUCAUUAUGUACACCUUCAUCUUAAGACAAGGUUAUUUCUGUUAUGAAGGGUGAACAUAUUCCUGUUCUUGCUGUUAGGGUUUUUCUACUGUUGAUCUUCUAAAGCAUAUUUCAUAUACAUUGACAGAAUUGCUAUUGAAAUAAAGAAUUCACAGAUUGCCAGUCUCUCAGAAGCUCAAAGAAACAUCUGCUCAACUUUGUCUUCUGGGAAUGUCUUCUUUCUAGUGUCAGGCCAUCAACAAACAGCAUGCUCAAGUAGUCUAAAAUAUUAACUGACAGGUGAUUUUGUUCACCUGUGGAAGGUUUGAAUAGGCCAGUUGAUUUUGUAUUUGACAGCAAAGUCAACGGGGACUCUCUUACUCCUUAGAAUUAAAAAUAAAAAAUUGUGGAAAUGAAUAAACGAAAAGAAUAGCAUGUAAACAGAAAGAUAGGUGAGAGGGUUUCCCUUAAAUAGUCAGUAGACAAAUUAAACCCUGGCCUAAACCUUGGUUUUUCAUGCUUCACAUUUGAUUUUCUGCAAGUGAAUUUAAUGUUGGUAUAUGAGCAAUGGAGUCCAGAUUUUUAUCCUAUCACUAAAUUUCUCUGACUUGGUUUGGGAUAAGACAUGACAAUAGCACCUGAUUCAAAGACAACAGAAUUUUCCCAUGCCUCCUCAAAACUGGGCCUUAACCUCAUCUUCUGCAGGCUUUCUACCUUCAGUACUGCACUCUUGGACACUGUGAGCUAUAGGCUCAGGGCACCCUGCUGUCAUCCAUACCCAACCUUCUCACAGUACUCUCCCCUCAAACCACCACCUAGGUGUGCCUCCCUCCCAAAACCAUGGGACUCCACACCAGCACAUCUCUUCUCUCACCUGCCUCACGUUAUCCUGAGCUGAGGUGUGAUGUACUGAGGGGUGGGUCUCAAACUAUUCUCUGAGGCAAGUUGCAGUAGUUGUAGCAGUUGCAGCAGUUGACUUUGUGUAGGUUUUCACAAGCACUGGGGUCAUUUUACACUACUGUUCUUGCAUAAGACCUGUGUCCAUGUGAAGCCCAAAGGUUCUGGGAGGCUCCCUGGUGUGUGGUUUGUUGUGCUACAGGUUGUUUUGAGAUGGUUUGUGACCCCCAGUUACUGCUUGGUCUGUGGGGACCUGAGAUGAGACAUGCCCAGGAUUUACCCUGUUGUUUGCACUCUACAGCUGAGAAGCUGCAGCAAUAGAGUCAUUGCAGACACCCUUCUUACCUUUCCCUUACACCUCCUGGGGCUCUUGGAGCAUUUCUCUUAAGGCACCCCAGGACCUAAAUGGAAAAACAGAUUAUGUCCACUCUGUGACUUUUUACCUAAAGGUGACCCAGGGCAUUGCAGCCAAGUCUUAACUGCUGUAUAGAGACUUUGAGAUGGAAUAGAUUUCACUUUGUGGUCCUUCAUUGGUUAGCAGUCAACAGCUUAAACCUUCAUAGCUGCCUUGGGUGAUUUCUGGUUUUUAUCUACAUUUGCACCUCUGCUGCCCACAGCACAGAGCAGAUAAUCAAUUUAUGUUGUAAUUACCACCUUUAUAAUCCAACACUAUCGACAACUAAUACGAAGUAAUAGGAUAAAAAGGAAGAUCCCUAAUGUUGUAAUGUUAUCUGCCCUGGUGAGGAACAGCUGAAAUGCCAAUCAGUUGUGUUCACAUUUGUACAAAUUUAUUCUCUCAUCAGCUAUACCAAUUACCUGCUGUAGUUCCUAAAUGUACAUUAAAAAUAAGAACUGGAAACUAAAUCCAGACAGCAGAACAUGUAUAUUUUUCUAAAGCUUAUGGCAGCUUUGCAUUAAAUAACCUGAUUUCAUCCCGAUAAAUUGAUUGUAAAUUGCUUAUUAAGAUACAUGUUAAUGUUUCUGUGACAGUCUGUCACAUUUCAUACAAAUAAUAGAUAAAUGUUUGAUUGUUAACUUUUCAGCCUUGGGACAGUUCUCUUCCACAGCUCUGAGCCACUCUCCGGAUAAAAGAUCUACUGAACCUUUCAGAUCUGAGUCUUACGUGUAAUAACGACUGUAUCAUUCUUUUGUUAAACAAAAUAAGCAACAUGUGCUUGAGGUCAGUACUUUUUCUCUAAUUGACUGUGAUUUGAAGAAAAACUGGUGCAGGUUCGGUACCUUUUUUUAGUGGUUGAUCUAGCAAAGUGCUAAGCACUCUUUGCAGUGACUUUCCUGGGAGAGAGAUGUCCAGGAUUUAGAUGGGGAUCUAGAUUAGCGUAUUUCAGGAUAGAACUCUGAAAUUGCACAUUAUUUAUUUUUAAGAGCACUGUUACUUUGUGUAGGGAAAAGCACAAUUGUUAUAAAUGUAGAUAAAGGAAGAGCAUUUACAGAGAUUCCUACCUGCACAGUACUAUUGCUACUGAGUGUAUGCCAUACAAUUUAAGUGGUUUAAAGUAUUGGUACAUACUCUCUCAGAAUUUUCAUGUUUGACACUGUUAGUCUGAUUUCAAGUACAGCUAUGGGGAUUGUUUUUUAUUUGUAUAACUGAAAAAUAAAAAUUUCCUCUCAUG